AUGUCUGACUCGGACUUCGAGACGAUCCGCCAGCUCCAGGCCGAGCGCAACGCUGCCGCUGCCGCCAAAAAAGGCUCUAACGCCUUCGACCCUUCUAACCAGCGCCCCGACACGGUCAGCACCAAGCAGAAGCUUACCGACACCGUUGACACCGAUCUCUAUGAUGCCAACGGCGCCGAUAAGUUUGCUGGCUAUGCCACCUCUAUUCCUACCGGCAUCAACGGCGACGAUGACGACGACGACAUGAACGGCGUCGACAAUACGCGCCGCCUCGUCGGCCAGUAUACUGCCUCUCGCGACAUGCUCGACGAGUUCUCUCGCGGCGAUGGCGUCGAGGAGGAAGACGUGCUUGCUGGCCGCGGCGAGAAGAGCAACCGGAUCACCGAUCGCGAGACCGACUAUCAGAAGCGCCGCUUCGACCGCGUCCUCACCCCCACCCGCGCGGACCCUUUUGCCGCAAACCGUCAAGCUGGCGCCGCCGAGGGUGGCUCGACCUACCGCGAUGUCAUGGAGGCAAAGGAGCUCGAGCGCGAGGAGGAGCGCGUUCGCCGCGCCAUCCUGGACAAGGCCGAGGGCAGGGUCGAAGAUGGCAACACGGCUCCGGCAACCCUGACCAACGGUGACGACAAGGAGAAUGGAGACUCUGGAUCGACUGAGCUCGCUGCUGCCGGGCGCAAGAGGAAGAAGAGAUGGGAUGUUUCAUCCACUCCCACAGACGACGCGGCUGCCGCCCAGCCUGAUGGUGCCGUCAAGAAGCGAUCCCGGUGGGAUCAGACGCCCGCCCCUGGCGCUGAGGUUGUCAAGAAGUCGUCUCGCUGGGACCAGGCUCCUUCUGCCACCCCGAUGGGCAACCAAGGACUGGCUACGCCCAUGCACCCUUCGCAAGCCGGCGGUGCCAUCUUGCCGACCACCUUUGGCCCCGACAUGUCUGGCCGUAACAUGCCGCUCAGCGACGAGGAGCUUAACGAGCUCCUUCCCGGAGAGGAGCAGGGCUACAAGAUCCUCGAGCCCCCUCCCGGCUACGCUCCGCUUCGCGCCCCAACCCACAGGCUUGUGGCAACGCCUGCUCCGCAGAGCGGCUUCACCAUGCAGGAUCCUGAUGCGGUCAGGCUUAGCGGCAAGCCUGUACCGGGAGAAAUUCCCGGCAUUGGCGACCUUCAGUUCUUCAAGGCCGAAGAUAUGGCCUAUUUCGGCAAGCUUACCGACGGCGCCGACGAGAACGAUCUCAGUGUGGAGCAGAUGAAGGAGAGGAAGAUCAUGAGGCUGCUCCUCAAAGUCAAGAAUGGUACACCACCAAUGCGCAAGACUGCUUUGCGACAGCUCACAGACAAUGCUAGGCAGUUUGGAGCUGGUCCACUCUUCGACCAGAUUCUGCCCCUCCUCAUGGAAAAGACUCUGGAAGACCAGGAACGCCACCUGCUCGUCAAGGUCAUCGAUCGUAUAUUGUACAAGCUCGAUGACCUUGUUCGGCCCUAUGUGCACAAGAUUCUCGUCGUCAUUGAGCCGCUGCUCAUCGACCAAGACUACUAUGCCAGAGUGGAGGGUCGUGAGAUCAUCUCCAACCUCAGUAAAGCCGCUGGUCUCGCCACCAUGAUCAGUACCAUGAGGCACGACAUCGAUCAUACCGAUGAGUACGUCAGAAACACCACCGCCCGAGCCUUCGCCGUCGUGGCCUCGGCGCUCGGCAUUCCAGCUCUUCUUCCUUUCCUGAGAGCCGUCUGCCGAAGCAAGAAGCAAUGGCAGGCGCGACACACGGGUGUCAAGAUUGUGCAGCAGAUUCCCAUUCUUAUGGGGUGCGCCGUUCUUCCUCAUCUGAAAGGCCUUGUGGACUGCAUCGCCCCCAACCUGAAUGAUGAGCAGACCAAGGUCCGCACCGUCACCAGUCUGGCCAUCGCCGCCCUCGCCGAGGCAUCGAACCCCUACGGUAUCGAAAGUUUCGAUGACAUCCUCAACCCCCUCUGGACAGGCGCGCGAAAGCAACGAGGCAAGGGUCUUGCUGGCUUCUUGAAGGCUGUUGGCUUCAUCAUUCCCCUCAUGGACGAGGAAUACGCCAACUACUACACGAGCCAGAUCAUGGAGAUUCUCCUUCGAGAGUUCUCCUCACCAGACGAAGAGAUGAAGAAGGUAGUGCUCAAGGUGGUGUCCCAGUGUGCAGGUACCGAUGGUGUCACCGCGGGCUAUCUCAAAGAACACGUCCUCGACGAUUUUUUCAAGAGCUUCUGGGUCAGAAGGAUGGCCCUCGACAAGCGCAACUACAGACAAGUGGUUGAGACCACGGUCGACAUUGGCCAAAAGGUCGGUGUCAGCGAGAUCAUUGAGAGAAUCGUUGUCAACCUGAAGGAUGAGAGCGAAGCAUACCGCAAGAUGACGGUAGAGACGAUUGAGAAGAUCGUUGCGAGUCUGGGUGCUGCCGAUAUUGGCGAGAGACUCGAAGAGCGACUCAUCGACGGCAUUCUGCACGCAUUCCAGGAGCAGAGCGUCGAGGACAUCAUCAUGCUCAAUGGCUUUGGCUCCGUCGUCAAUGCACUGGGCUCCCGGUGCAAGCCAUACCUCCCACAAAUCGUCAGCACCAUUCUCUGGAGACUGAACAACAAGUCAGCCACUGUACGACAGCAGGCAGCUGAUCUUAUCUCGCGCAUUGCUAUGGUCAUGAAGCAAUGCGGCGAAGACGCGCUCAUGGGUAAACUUGGUGUCGUGCUCUACGAGUACCUGGGCGAGGAGUACCCGGAGGUUCUUGGUUCCAUUCUAGGCGCCCUUCGAUCCAUCGUUACCGUCGUUGGUAUCACACAGAUGCAACCGCCCAUCAAAGACCUACUCCCCCGUCUCACCCCCAUUCUUCGCAAUCGACACGAGAAGGUCCAAGAGAACACCAUCGAUCUCGUUGGUCGUAUCGCUGAUCGUGGCCCUGAAAGCGUCAAUGCACGAGAAUGGAUGCGAAUCUGUUUCGAGCUCCUUGACAUGCUGAAAGCCCACAAAAAGGGUAUUCGUCGUGCGGCCAACAACACUUUCGGUUUCAUCGCCAAGGCCAUCGGCCCCCAGGAUGUUUUGGCUACUCUGCUCAACAACCUGAGGGUGCAAGAGCGCCAGUCUCGUGUCAACACGGCUGUCGCUAUUGGUAUCGUGGCCGAAACCUGCGCGCCUUUCACCGUCCUGCCCGCUCUCAUGAACGAGUACCGUGUUCCCGAACUCAAUGUUCAAAACGGUGUACUCAAGUCACUCUCCUUCCUUUUCGAGUACAUUGGCGAGAUGGCCAAGGACUACGUUUACGCUGUCACACCACUGCUCGAAGACGCGCUCAUCGAUCGCGACCAGGUCCACCGACAAACAGCUGCGUCCGUUGUCAAGCACAUUGCGCUCGGCGUGGUUGGCCUCGGCUGUGAGGACGCUAUGAUCCAUCUUCUUAACCUUCUCUACCCGAACUUGUUCGAGACGAGUCCACACGUCAUUGAUCGCAUCGUCGAGGCUAUCGAGGCUGUCCGCAUGGCUGUCGGACCUGGUGUCGUGAUGAACUAUGUCUGGGCGGGUCUCUUCCACCCGGCACGCAAGGUACGCCAGCCCUAUUGGCGGCUGUACAACGAUGCGUACGUCCAGGGCGCGGAUGCCAUGGUACCAUACUAUCCCAACCUCGACGAAGACAAGAUGGACAGGCCAGAGUUGGCUAUCAUGCUUUGA